ACAUCCCUUUAUUUAAAGACCCAGUGCUAUUUGUAAAGCUUGGAGAAAGCAGGAAUAUACAAUAUUCUGGUCCUCAAAGCAAUUCGGGUACAAAGCAUGCCUCUAGAUUCUGACAGCACUUCUGGAGGAGGCAGGGCAGGUAAGAUGGAAGUCACUGUCCCUGACUGACGGCUGCACUUCCUCUUCUCUUCCUUCCCUGGAAGACAAGCUAUCUCACAAGACAAGCUGCUGUGGUUCCAGGCUUUCUCUGAUGAAAACAAGUUUUGCAAGCCUUCACAGAAGCAAGAAAUUGUCCUGGUCCCCUUCUCCGAAGGCAGCCCCUUUCUGCCCAGCUGGCGGGAGGCGUUGGCUGAUCCUGGCAGAGGUUCUGCAGAUGGCUGCUUUUAACUUCCAUUCCUGGAGGAAUCAACCCAAAGUCUAUACCUGGUGGCAGGAUCAGCCAUGCUGGGGACCAACACAAGGAGACCCCUGAUCUAUCCUUCAAUCUCUUGGCGCUCUGGGGGCGGAGCCAAUCUCUGGGCCCGCCCUCUUUCCCAUCAGGGUGUGUCUCGCCCUUGACUGCAGGCUCCUUUGACUGUGGUCCUGUCACGUGACCGGCCUGCCCACUCACUGCCGGCCUCUGCGCCAUAAUCCCCACCCUCCCCUCACGCCCCACCCAGCGGUGCGGUACAAGCCCCGGCCCUUCCAGCCGAGAGACCCCCGUAGCAAGAUGGCGGUGAACCAGAGCCACACCGAGAACCGCAGGGGAGUCACCAUCCCUUAUGGUGAAAGCGUCUUGAUGCAGAGCCCGGAUGUGGAACUCUCGUUCCCGCAGCAACCAGAGGGCUCCGGCCUCUUCGGCGGUACCAAGAGGGGGGCACUGUUUCUCACUUCAUACCGGGUGAUUUUUGUGACGGCGCACUCGGUCCAGGACCCCAUGCUGUCUUUCAUGAUGCCUUUUAACCUGAUGAAGAACUGCGUGGUGGAACAGCCAGUCUUCGGGGCAAAUUACCUUACGGGGAUCAUUCAGGCAGCCCCGGGUGGCGGCUGGGAAGGACAGGCGACUUUUAAAUUCACCUUCAGGAAAGGAGGUGCCAUCCAGUUCGCCCAGCUGAUGAUGGAAGCCGCCUCGGCUGCUGCCCGGGGAUCCCCACUUGGAACUGAUUAUUGGUUCGGGCCUCUAAGAAUUUAUAUUGUUACCGGGGAAGGAGGCAGCUGCCCUGCAGAGACACCUUGUCAAGCUUUUGCCUAUGGAGCCCCACCUCCAAGAUACGGAGCACCCCCUGCGGGAUACACAGCGCCACCUGCUGUAUAUGAAGCGUCACCUGCAGGCUACGGAGCCCCGCUUUCAAACUACGGAUCUCCGCCUCCCGGCUACGUAGUCCCGCCUCCCGGCUACGGAGUCCCGCCUCCCGGCUACGGAGUUCCACCUGGGGGCUACGGUGUCCCGCCUCCCGGAUACGGAGCUCCGGCUGGGGCUUACGGAGCUCCAUCUGGUGGAUACGGAGCUCUGCCUCCCAGAUACGAAACCCCUCCUCCGAGAUACGGAGCUCAACCUGGAGGAUCCAAGUCCCCACCUCCCAGAUACGAGGUUCCGCCUACUGAAUUUAGGACCCAACCUUCCGGGUCCAGAGCCCCUCCGGCAGCAUCUGGGACUGGAUAUCCUUCCUCUGUAGCUGCCCAGAGUUCUGAACGUGCGGCUACUCAUUCUUCAGUUUCUUCGACCUAUUCUCCUCCUCCCAACAUGUAAACCUUGAAGAUUCACCAAGCAAAAUAGCACCCUAAAAUUGGAGGCCUUAGGUAUAUGAUCACAGGCUGGGCGCAGGUAGUUGCCCCUCUCUGUGGAAGGGCGAUCAUAGGGAAUGUGCUAAUAAGCUUUACUUCCAGGCCUGGAUUUUAAAAGCAGAGCUGGUUCUUUAUUCGCUGGCCCAAAGCGGAAUAGCACUAUGCCCCCAUAAUUUAGUUGGCAGUUGGACUGUUUUUAAAAACACGUUGAAUGUGAGUUAGGAAAAACUUACUGCCUAAUCGCUAGACAUGUUUGUUUGCCAGGCCCUAGCGUGUGUACUAACAAUAUCACGUUGGACACAGUUCUUUUUUCACAGCUUUGUUUAGUGAAAAGGUGGGAUAACCUACAUUUCCAAUAGUGAGAAUUUUAUAAAUGCUGAUGGAGAUAUACAAUGGAGUAUUCCGCAGCUGUUUAAAUGAUGUCUUAUAGUGGAGAAAGCAGCCUUUAGAAGACUAAACAGAACAAAGCAAUAAGGAAGAGUGUCAAAUUUGACCCGGCAUAUCAAAAUUUAAGAUUUCUGUGUGACAAAAAGUUUAAGAGAUAGGUAAUGACUAGGAGAAAGUAAUUUCCAACAUAUAUUAACAAAAAAAAUUAUAGUCAAAAUAUUUGAAAACCACAAAACCAGUUAAAAGAAAAGAAAUGGACAAAGGGUAUGAACGAUAGUUAACCAGGGCAAUAACAUGGCUGACAUAUUUGAAAAGGUAUCAACUUGACUAAUAUUAGGGAAAUGUGACCCAAAAGAAGAAACAGCUUUCAUCUGCAAAGACUUGAAAAUGUUAAAAUUCUUUUUUUUGGUACCGGGGAUUGAACUCACAGCCUUGGGCUUGGGAGGCGAGCACUUAUGCUGCUGAGCUAAAUCUCCUAAAAAUGUUAAAAUUCUUGAUACAGCAGUUUCAUAGCUCAGUAUCUACCCCUGAGAAAUACUUGCACAUGUGCACAAGAAUGCAUGUGGGAGGAUUUUGUGGGAUUCAUUGUUUCUAACAGUACAGAAUUAGAAAUAACUGUUGUACACCUGUAAUCCCAGCACUCAGGAGGCUGAGGCAGGAGGGUUGAUGCAAGUUGGAGGUCAGCCUGGGCUACAGCAAGUUCAAGGCCAACCUGAGCUACACAGUGAGAUUUUAUCUCCAAAAAACCUUAUAUGUCAAUUAGUGGGAAAUAUAUAAACUAGUACUCUCAUGCUGCAUAUGCAAAAAAUUCUAAGGCUUAAGUGAGAAAAAAGUUGUAGGAUAUACUAUGAUGAUUGUCAGCCUCCUCAGACUGAACUAUUUUUAUACCAUAUUUGUAAAAAUAUAUAACAAAUGUAUCACUUUUUAGCUCUUUGGCUAACAUUAAGUGUAAAUAUUUUAUAACUUGUCCUUUAGUGAAACUUGUGUAUAAUUGCAUGUUAUUCCCUAUAAUUUCAGCAAAAAUCAAUAUUCCAUUAAUGUAAUAUGAAGAGAAAGUAAAAGUAGUGUAUAGAAAAACUUUAAGUAUUUUAAUAUACUACAGAGU